AACGCCGGAUUGUGCAAAACGACGAUUUGCAUUGACCAGUAUGAUGACUUGUUUGUUGAAAUAAAAUGUAAACCACGUUAUAUGUAUGAUAAAUUACAUGUAAUAUGAGGCUUAAGUAUAGCUAAAAAUGUGGAAAUCUAUUAUCAAACACUCUCUAAUUCUUAAAUCUAUUUCUAAAUUGUCUUCAAAAAAAAUAGCCGAAAAAAGUAUUUCAUUUGUUUCUGGUUUUGCUUUUUCUGCAUACAUAACGUCCAGUGUUGUAUACAGCAAAAAUGAGUUACCAAAUAAUGUGUUUCAACCAUUAAUUAACAAAAGAAUUUUAUAUCAGUAUUCAACUUGUCCUUUCUGCUGCAAAGUUCGUGCUUUUCUUGAUUACUAUGACUUAAACUAUGACAUUAUUGAAGUCAAUCCAUUUUCAAGGAAAGAAAUCAAAUUUUCUGAAUAUGACAAAGUACCUAUUCUUAAAGUAGAUAAUCAUCAACUCAACGACUCUUCAUUAAUUAUAAGUGUUCUGUCUACACAAUUUAUAAAGAAUGAAGAUAUUGGUAUUAUUCUUCAAUAUUAUCCAAUUAUUGAAUCUACCAAUGAAAAAGGGAAAAAAGUAACAGAGCAGCAAAACAAAUACAAUGUGAUGCAUCAUGAAACAAGUAAUGCAGAAAAGUAUCAAUAUUACAUAAAUGAAGUAAAAUGGCGCAAAUGGGUAGAUGAUGUAUUUAUUCACACUUUAUCUCCAAACAUAUACCGAACAAUGAAGGAAUCCUUCCAAUCCCUAGACUACAUUACUCAUGUUGGAAAUUUUGGGCCAAUUGAGCGAACCGUAGCUUAUUAUUCUGGUGCUGUUGCAAUGUAUAUCAUUGGGAAACGUAUUAAAAAAAGAUACCAUUUAAAAGAUGAUGUGCGUGCUAGUAUGUACGAAGAAGCACAAAACUGGACAAAAGCUGUCGGAGAAAACAAAUAUCUCGGCGGUAGUCACCCAAAUCUUGCAGAUUUAAACAUGUAUGGUGUUAUAUCAGCAAUUGAAGGAUUGGAUGCAUUUCAUGACCUAAUGGCAAAUACUGAGAUUCAGCCCUGGUAUAAUCGAAUGAAGCAACAAGUUAAAUCUCAUGCUGGAGCUAAUUUGAUAAAAAAUCAACAAAACAAGAAUCACUAAUUUGAUAAUAAAAAAGAUAAUUAAAAAAUUAUUCAACAA